AGAAAGAAAAAAAAAAAUCAGAAGGUGGAAAUCAAAGUGAGGAUGGACUGUGACGGCUGCGAAAGAAAGGUGAAGAAGUCCAUUGAAGGCAUGAAAGGUGUAACAUCCAUAGAAAUUAACAGGAAGCCUCACAAGUUGACAGUAGAAGGGUAUGUUGAGCCCAACAAAGUGGUGGAGCGCGUGAGGAAGAAGACCGGAAAGCCAGCGGAGUUGUGGCCUUAUGUGCCCUACAAGCUUGUCACGCAACCGUAUGCCGCCGGCACCUAUGACAAGAAGGCGCCACCGGGCUAUGUUCGAGACGUGGCUGCUGUCGAGACCCCGAACCCCGAUGAGACUGGUUUGAUCGAAGAACAGUUCACCAGUGCUUUCAGUGAUGAGAACCCUAAUGCAUGUACUCUCAUGUGA